GUGGUGCUCAAAAUCCCGUAGCCAACACACGUGAAAUGCUUUGUGAAUAUCGUUUACCCUACAACAACAUGACAAGAAUUCUGCGCCAUCAACCACCAUCUCACGCGCGCGAAAACCCUGCGUAUCUCAUUAUGGCGGACCCAAACAAGAAUCCUGAGCCCAAGAGCUCGCCGGAAAUGGCUCCCACCACCCCCAAGACCCCCAGACGCAUUGACGAUCUGCGUCUUCGUGAAAGCCCUCUCGCCGCCGCGCUGACUCAAAACGGUGUGGCUACUACAACAACUUCCCGCAACUCCGGCGAGAGACCCUCUCUGGACUCGCCUUUCUCCCCCACUGCCCUGUUCGAUCAUGGCCACGUAGACCCUGACACUCCUCUGGCCCCAGCUCAUCGUCGCCAUGGCUUCAAUGUCAAUAUGGUUAGAGCCCAGAUGUCUACCAGUGUCCUCGGGAACGCUUUCAGAGACGGCCCUCCGGUCGCAGCCCGGGUCGAUAGCGGGCAGGAGGCACAUGUCGAAGAGGAGGCCGCCAUUUCUGCCGCCAACGAUCGUCAGAUCGUUGAGUCUCCCAUGCCUGA